GUUCCUGACUGCCUGUUACAUGGCGGCUUUGUUGCAGCCGUAGGGUUGGCUUGCAGCGUCUCUUGUGUUUUACUGCGCACCCCGUAGAUUUCCCUUGUUAUUUCUAACAACUUGUAAAGGGUCGCUUUUCCUUGUCGCCGCCGCCGAGUGAUUCCGUAAAUACACCCUCCAAUGGAGCAGGAUACGCCGGCGAUAACCUGCAACAUCAGGGGUUGCCCCAACGAGUUCGGUCUGAGCGAUCCGGCUCACCUGCUGUACGUGUGCACUGCGGAUGACAUCCAGUGCAAGGCAUGGCUCGCCGUGAUACCCAAAGUCUCGCUGAGAGACGUGGGCGAGAGACUGUGCGUGUGCUCGUUGCAUUUCGAGGAUGGAGUCAACGUCAGCGGAGACAUCGUGCCGACCAUCUUCCCGCCCGUGCCUGUUGCGGUCACGAUUACGAGCGACCUACCGCAACCGAGCGCGUCGCGGGUAGGGCAGCCGGCUGGGGUCGGACCGGCGAUCAGGAUUAAACAGGAACCCGUUGACGACUAUGACCAAGCAGCACAGCCAUCCUCUGAUAUGGAAGACAGUGAGCACUUUGACAGCCCUGCUGCAUUUGAGAAUGAUGAAUCAAGCAUGGAGGUUGACCAUGCAGGCGCAGGUCUCAUCCCAGCUCAUAGAAUCAAGAGGGAGCUAGAAGACGAGUCAACCGAAGGCUUGACUUCCUCCUCAACACAGGAAACUCACGGCGAUGACUCUGCCCAAAAUGGCGAGGGUGGGCAUUCCCUGGGCUUCCUCAGCUCCUACGUUGUGAAAGAGGAGAUCCCCGACGACGACGAAGACGACGACAGCGGUGAAAUCGCAGCUCCCCCGCCCAGCUCUGGCUGUGGCGUAGCAUUGCAGGACGAUGCGCCGUCGUCAUGUGCCUUCAAGAUCCAGGAGUUUGGAGAGAUCCCGGUGGAUGAAAUUAAGACUGAAGAUGGCAUCACACCGACGUUGCUUCCGUCAACAUCAAUGCGUCCGUCCACAUCAUCGGUGACCAUUAAGACGGAGCCCCCGGAUUACAGCAUUGUGGAGAACGGCAUCUCACACGACCAGGGCUGCCAGGCAGACGAUGUUGGCAACCCGUCGUCUGUCGUUUUGAUGCCGCCAGGAUAUGUCAGCGAACCUUCUUCGUCGGUGGCUACGGGCUCGACAGCGUUCGCGGCCAGCAGCAACGGGGUCCUGACGGGCGAUGCAGGUAUCGUGAUCUCCAACGUCCAGUCGUUCUCGAGCACCAGGGCACAGCAGGAGUGCGUUGCCGAGGAAGUUGUCCACUGCCCAAAGUGCAUCAACGGCGACUCCAAAGCGAAGUGCGACAAGUCGACGUGCACAAGCCUACCGACGCGCACUGUCUGGACACAGACCGUAGAGCCAGAAAAGCGUACUGUCUGGACUCAGGUGGCGCAACUCGGGGACCUGAAGAUGCUGAAACACAGGGCCACGCAGACAGACCCAUGGCUCGAGCGCUCUCCACGGCUGCCCAAGAUUGUGCGCAGGAAACGAAGGUUCGAGGAGGAGGACGAGGAGGAUGUAGACAAGCUCUGAGAUGGUCACUACUGUUCCCAUGCUUGCAACCUGCCAGGAUGUGCGUUUUACUCUAUCAUUCUCCUGGCAACACUUACUGUUUGCAUGCGUCACUUUCACUGUUUAUUUGUUUGUCCGUGCAUUGUUGGUCAGCUCAAAAGAAAAUGCUGAUAGUGCAGUUAAUUACAUGGAUGCUAUAGUAGCCUCACUGUGAACUUUCCACUUCAUUUCUGAAACAAAAAAUAUCCCACAUUCUUCAGCAUUCCUAUUAGGCUAUCCUUGGAGGAGUUCCCUUGUCGGAUCGUGUCGUUGACGUUCCGAGGUUGCCGCAGCGCAACAGCGGGAUACCUCUGUUCCUAUUUCCCAGCUUCAUGGCUGUGGGAAGUGUCCCGAGAAAUGGGAGGAGGGGAUGGAAGUUGUGUAUUAUGUUGAUUGCGAUCAACGAUUGAAGGCUCGGUAUAAUUUGGGAUUGAUGCAGGCCUUCAUAACCCACAAAAUUGAUUAAGUGCGUUGCGACAUUUUGCGGACAGGAGCAUGAGCAGUUUUCAAUGUAGUGCGACAACACUGAAAGACACGUUGCCUAAGUGAAGGUAUAGUGAAACUCACCUUUGUCACCCCUAGCAUGUACUUUUUUCUGUUGUGAUUUCAAACACAGUCUGUAAUCAUUGUAUAGUCAUUUUUGCCAGUUGCAGAUAAGUGCUCCUAAGCGUAGCAGAUCACAAUCAGCUGUAAAACCAUUGCCUGUGUUUCGAAAUGGGCCACCAAUUCUGCUGUAUGCAAAAGACUCUGAAGAGUUUACGUGGUGUGGCUUCUGUAGACAUGUUGAAUACCUGCUCAGUUUGGCCCCAAUACUUGUAUCGGAAUAAAGUGCUGUAUUGGUGGCAGAUACUGCUAAGAGCUGCAGAUGUAAGGUUUAGGCUUUUUGACCGAAGAUUGUGUAAAUUGAGCCUUUUUCUCAAAACCUGCGCACCUUUCGGCUUUUGGGAUAUCAUUUCAGCUUUGCCACAUUGCGCUCAUCCUCCUUGCUUAGUUUGCAUACACGCAAACCAUCAAAUGCACUUUAACUGUCAUUUUACAAGCAGUAAAAUAACUGCUUCAUUUUUAUUGUUUGAUGGUCGUAACAUACGUAGCUGAAAGGAAUUGCCUGUCGAAGUAAAAGGAAUAUACAGCUUUUUAUUUUCCUUUUUAAACAAUCAAUUUUGUUGUUUGGCAUAAAGCACAUUUCACAAAUGCACAUCUUAUUGAAGCAGCGCUCAGUUAGGCCACUGAAUACUUCAGGUGUUCUGUCAGGCUAGCUUGUUGCUCCAUACCCUUCAUGUCCUUCAAAGAGAGAGAGAGAGAGAGCAACUGACGAGCAUGUGGAUUUUACCAUAGUCACUGAGUGUGUGGAUGAUGUCUGAAUAUGGAUAUGUUUGUUCAAUAAAUGUUUUCUUCCUGGA